CCCCUGCCAAUAACAAUGCACACGUGCCAAACUUUUGUCACCACGUUCCAUACGACGUAUUUCUUUUUUGGGAGUAAAACCUAUUUCAUAGAGACCAUUCCUGGUCCAGCGCCUGCGUCCGGUGCGUGCGAAGAGUGGGUGCAAACUAAGAAUGCUCCUAGUUAUGGUCCAUUAACUAAAAUGUCUGAAACUCAGUUUUCCACCUCCAACGAGGUGGAACUGUCCUGCCAAUGGCCUACUAGUGUGACUAAGUCUAUUAACAAUGCCCGAAUGACGCAAUCUGUCGUCUACUAUGACCACAUUCGUAAACGAAUGAAGAGUCCUAUGGGUAUUUUAAGUAAAUGCGAUGUGCAUCGCGGAUUCUGUACCGUAGGUACAAGUACCUACGUUUGGAAAGUGCCCAAACUUAUAGAUUGCCCCCCGACUAAGCCUGUGGGAACCCAUAACCUGACCCUACAUUUUAGUGAGUCACAACGUCCUUAUCGUUUAGAGGUACGUGAUUUGGGACUUAGCAUUCAUUCCCUGGCUACCUGUCCGACUAAUACUAUCGCCUGUUAUUCUAAGGACACUUUGUGUGAUCCGUCUGGUCUGAUUAUUAUCCCUUUAAAUUGUUCUACCGCCUCUUUGUUGCGGCCUCAGCGAGUUCAUAGCAACAAUGCGUUCGACUCGUAUGAUCCGACUUCUGGUAUGAUUAACGAAGUCUCGGACACCUUGACUGAGAGCAUGCGCAACAUGACUGCCGAUAUACAUUACUUAGAAUGUACUAUUCAGUCACUAGUGUCUACUUUAUAUUCGCUGGUCUCCCGGCAGUAUCCGGGAGACAUACUCAGUAAAAUUCUGGGUGGACAGCGUGCUGCCAUUACGGUAGGAGACCUCAUGACUGAGUUAACGUGUGAGAACAUUAAUGGGACCAUUUUGCAUUCACUUGAGCACGGGAAACUCUUUGCUACCAGGCCACUCAUACGUUAUCGGGACCACGCUGGCAAGUUUCGCAUUGGGCAGUUGUAUCGUGACGGUUUGUUUACGCUGGCGUUAAAUUUGUCGAGAGUUAUACACCUGGGCGGGUGAUGUCUUUUCGUAUUCUUGACAACUUUUAUGUGUUUGAUAAUUACUCCCUAUCACAUACCGACCAAAAGGUCAAUUAUAUUACCCCAUCUUUUUCCCCCGUCAAUUUUCAUCACACCACUCCCGACUAUGAAUCAUUCAUGAACGAGUUCCCCAAGACCGCUAGUGGUUUUGAAGAUCUUACCACUAUGUUAGCGACCUUAAGCCAAGCCAAACUUACUCACGAUAAAUUUUACCACUAUCUUGAAUCCAACUCCAACCCCUCUAUUAGUGCCGAUAUGGAAUAUGUUUCCAAAACGUUGGACACCACCGCUCAUAACAUUUUUCUGAAUGUGUUAAGUUCAAUAACUUCACCAUUUUGGACUUGUAUAGUCAUGGCUGCGCUUUCUAUGGCAUGUUUUUGGGGAGUUUUUUUUACCUUCUGGGUUUUUAAGGUGUACGGUGCGUCCAUUUUUAUUUUCAUUCGGGGUAGAAUUCGAGACGUUCGUUACCCUAAUAACCCCCAAAAUAAUAAUAUUAAUGAACGCGAUAAUUUCAUUUCGGAACGUCCUUCCCAAAAUACCCACGCCACUGCAUAGUUUACUUUUGCAUACCUCUUGGUUAAAUCACAUUCUUUCAUUUAUUUUGCUAAAACAUUUAUUUCGCAUUUCGCUUAAACCUUUAACUUUGGGUAAUCAUGUACGAAUUCGUAAAAAUUAUGGUUUGUUAUACUUAUGUCACUUUUAUCGUUUUUUGUGGUGUCUUUGGUGUAAAAUAAAUUUUUUGUUGGUAAUGUAAUUUUACCUAAUAUAUAUCAUUUUUUUAGAAAUUGGGUAUGUUCAUGCAUUCAUUUUGGCGUUAUAAUUUUUUUUGUAGCUUAUUCAGUGUAAAACAUUUUUAAUAGUAAUGUAACCACACAGUAUAUCUAGCCUAAACGUAUUUUGCAUACAUUCCAUCCAAGACUUCAUUAUACCUCACCAAAUUCCCUUUUUUUUAGACAAUCGCUGCUAGAACACUGAGGCCCUACAAUAGAUCACCCCACCAGUGAACACAUCUGCGCGAACAUGUCGACCAAAUCCUCAACAAUGCAAAUCCUCAACAACACAAAUCCUCGGUUGAAUAUCACUGGAAAUAAUUCGAUGAAAGGUGACAGCCACAUCGGUCACGCAAACAUCGAAGUAAAUCAAACAAAAGAAAUAAAACUCCAAGAGUCAUCCAGUAAACAAAAGACGAGGAUCAUCAUUGGAACCAAAAAACUCCAAAAGCUUCCAACAAUUUAAAAACUGUAAUCAUGAGGAACAGUUCGCGUGGAUCGUCAGCACAUGAAACCAUCUUGUGUGGGUGUGAGCCUAUUUGUAGCGGUUGAUGUGGGAAAGCAGUAGAUUAAUCUUUAAUUUAAUGUCAUUACAAAAUAUACUGAAGUCUCAAGAUCGAGUGUGUGCAACUAACGUCCUUCUAAUAACCGUUUUUCCGUGUACAACAUUCUGGUAAUCGUAUAAAUUUUACGUCUUCUUUGUGUAGGCUCAAAAGGAGACAAUUACAGUAUCAUCAAAGCGUAGAUAAAACACUCCCGAUUCUUUUUAUGUCCGUUUUCUAAAUUUGUACUGACGUUGUAUGCCCCAGGGUCAAAUUAUCUGGGCGUUUUACUAUCUUUUUACUGUGUGUUUUUGUUAUAAAAUAGUUGCCCAAAUAUUGGACAUCACGCAUUUGGACUAAACUUUUGGUGAACGUAUUCUCGUGGCCUGUUUUCAGUCAUCGUUGUUCGUCAAUAAACGAGUCAAAAACCGUU